AUGUAGGCUGAUCAGCUGACUGAAGAACAGAUUGCUGAGUUCAAGGAAGCCUUUUCCCUAUUUGACAAAGAUGGUGAUGGUACUAUUACAACAAAAGAACUUGGAACUGUCAUGAGGUCACUGGGUCAAAAUCCAACAGAAGCAGAAUUGCAGGAUAUGAUCAACGAGGUAGAUGCUGAUGGCAAUGGCACUAUUGACUUUCCUGAAUUCUUAACCAUGAUGGCCAGAAAAAUGAAGGACACAGACAGCGAGGAAGAAAUCCGUGAGGCAUUCCGAGUCUUUGACAAGGAUGGCAAUGGUUAUAUCAGUGCGGCAGAGCUACGUCACGUUAUGACAAACUUAGGAGAAAAGCUAACAGAUGAAGAAGUAGAUGAAAUGAUCAGAGAAGCAGACAUUGAUGGUGAUGGGCAAGUCAACUAUGAAGAAUUCGUACAGAUGAUGACUGCAAAGUGAAGAGACCUCCUUUACACCUUUUUUCCUCUAGAAGAAUCAAAUUGAAUCUUUUACUUACCUCUUGCAAAAAAAAAUGUUCAUUUAUUCAUUCUGUUUCUGUAUAGCAAAACUGAAUGUCAAAAUACCUUCUGUCCACAAACUGCAUGUAAUGGUUGGUGGUCCUGUCCCCAAAAGAUCAAGUUAAACAUCAGUUUUACAAUAUAAAUAAUUGUACUACCUUGAAAAUAAAAAAAAAAAAUAAAAAAAAGGAAGCACUUAGUGAACUCAAAAGUUCCAUUUGCUAAUGACUAUUACACUGUUUGGGCUGGCCAGUUUUUCAUGCAUGCAGCUUGACAAUUGAGCACAGUCAGACAUUUGUAUUAAAAGGAAAAAAAAACCAACCUAAAAUCCACUCUUUUCUUCAACAGUGGAUUCUAGUUCAAUUUGUAGUAUAAAUUGUCAUAGCUGGUUUACUCUAAAAUUGGUUUAUACCUCAGGAUGGUAUGCAGCAAAAGUGGUUGAAGGAUUCAAAACUUAGAGAAAAUGCCCUAAAGGUCGAAUGGUUCUCCUGUACGUAGCAGUGUGCUCCAAAAAUAUGAUGAUCUUAACUAUGGAUGGCAUGUCUGUGUUAUAAUAUUGGUUUAACAUUGUCUGCAUUGCACUAUAGUGAAACGGGUGUCGGGCUGUUACCGUUCACAAAAUUUUUAAAAGAAACCUUCACCAAGGGAGCAUCUUUGGACUCUCAUAUUUUUAAAACCUUCUGUACCAUGACUUGGAGCUGGCGGAGUAGCCUGUGGACUUCAGCACAACUAUCAACAUCGCUGUUCAAGAUAUUACAAUUUAUGUCCAUUCCAAGUUGUAAAUGCUAGUCUUUUUUUCCAAUAAAAGACCAUUAACUUAAAGGUGGUGUUAAAUGCUUUGUAAAGCUGAAAUUAUAUAUAGAAUUGAGAUAAUAAACCAAAAAAGCAGUAGGAGGGAAGUGUUCCUAUGAAUGACUUGCUGCUAAAUUAUAAUGCACAUGUAUGCAAUAAGUUAUCCCCUAUCUUUUCAAGAUGGCAAGAACUGACCUCCUGUAACCCAAGACCUUUGCUAUAAAUAAAUGAACUUGUGCUUGCCUUUCAUAUUACGACAAUGUUAAUUUAGUUGGUCUCAAAGUCGUGUAAUGCUGACUCGUCAACUAUCAGCAUAGAAGUAACACCUCAUUUCACUAAAGUGGAGAGCUCUCAGCAUGCAUGUUAAUACUAGGGAAACAUGUAUAGGUUGAUUUUGGAUAUUUUUUUUAUGGAUAGAUUCUAGAAACCAGUUGGAGAAUUUAAACAGCAUGGACUUUAUAGAUCUGUAUGAUUCUCAAACAUGCCAAAAAUGCAUUUCUCUACCCACAGAAAGAAAACAACAGGACAUUUCUUUUACAAUGUGUAAAAUUAAGCCUUCCUGGCAUCUUGGGCUAUUGUUCUUGACUAACUUAUCAAACACUUGCAUGAAUUUUGUGGGGUGGAGAUGAGGACUAGGGUUAAUUUAAGGAACAUCUCGUUCCUCUGCUUUGCAUGCACUAGCAGUGCUUAGUCAUUCCAGGUCUCUGAGUAAAGUGUUCUCUGAUCAGUCCUUCAGCUUCCCCGUGAAUGAGUGGCAAAGCAGCCAUGUUUGCCCUUGUUUGUUUGGAAGAAGAAUGCUCUUUUCCUUUUCCCUCUUUUUUAUUUUUAUUUUUAUUUUUUUUAAAUUACAGCACUUCCCUUUGGAAGGCUUUUAUGCUUGGGAGGGAGGGACUACAGCUUAAUUACUUGAUUGUAAGUUUGUUUCCAAACGUAACUGGAGUUGCAAACCGUAAUUGCUAUGCCUUUGGAGUUGGAGAGUGUUGGAAGUAGCUCUUGGAAGAGAUGCAAGUCUCCGUUCACCCUGUCUAACUGAGGUGCCUGUGUUGAGAACCUCCUUGUUUGACGUGCAGCCGGUAGAAAAAGACACCUCCAGGAGGCAAUUCUGCCUGCCGGGAGUGACCAUGGAGUGUUCUGGGUGACUCUCUGCCCAGACACCUUAACCAAGUGCCUAAGAGUUAGAUGGGUUGAAUCCAGAUGACUGUUUAGCUCUCUUGUACAGGCUUUUGCUAUGGCUGUAGGUGCUGUCGUAACAAACUCGCUGCUGCGAUGGGAAGGCCUGACUGCUCUUUGCAGGGAAGAUCUUGUGUGGCAGCCACAAGUGGCUACUUGGGUAGCGUUGGAGAAUUGCUGUAUUAAUUCUGUAGACCAGCUUUUAAAGCGAAUGUACUCAAGAGACGGGCAAGGUAGGAGCAAUGGUUGCUGCUCUGAACUAAUUACUUCUUCUGCCUGAGUGUGCAGAGAGAUCUUGUCUAGUAGGUAAAUGCUUCUUACCAUCUAUCUGUCAUUCACUCACGGUUGGUAGGGUAGUUCAUUUAAGAACAGCUGCUUUUAGCUUAUCCAGUGUGCUCUGUGCUUGCUAGCAAAGAGACCUCAUUCCUGCAAGAGGUUCUUGGCUUGAUUAGAAAUUGUCUGGCAGUGUGCAGUGUUAGUAUGCCCUGUAACUGAAUCUGCCUGGAGGUAUCUAAUUAUUAACUGACUUCAGUACCACAUCAACCUUGAGUAAAUGUAUCCUCUGUACAGGAUUUUAGCUCUGUUCCCUUCUGCAUAGUGAAUAUCUAGAGAAAUAAAAUGUCACCCAGGAUUUUUAUUUUCUUUUCUUUCCGUGAGCGUGUGUGUGUGGCUUUGGCUUUUUCCAAAUGUGAAAGUGUGGGCUGGGUACACUCGGUGCAUGGCUUAGAAACAUGGGA